AAUGAGCAGAAUAGGUUAAUGUGGCUGUUGUUAUUAGUGUUUAUCUUGUCUAAAAUGUGUCAGACUUCUAAUGGUAGUGAUGUUCUCCUGUUGUUCCCAAGUUUGCAUUAUUGGCUUGCACAGCAGGUGGUCCUGGCACUUCUCUUUAAAAGGAGGACUUUCAGAGGGCCACAUCAGACAGCUUGCAGUAAGCAAGGGCUUUACACAUCCCAUCCCCUAUUUCCUUCUUCUUAUUGGACGUUUCUUCUUGUCUUCAAGAAAGAUGAACCCCGAGAUCCUCAUCAGACUGAGCUGGCUUCUCAGUGCCUUGCUUUUCUCAACCAGCAGUGGAUUUACUCCCGAAGACAUCAAGGAAGCUCUGCUGAAGAAACUUAACCUGCCUGAGGUCCCCAGGCUGACCAAACGGGACACAGAGAACCUGAUGGUCCCCAGACACAUCCAGGCCAAGUACAUAUCAAUGCUCAACAAGCACAAGGAGAGGAAAAAGAGGUCCCUUCCCAGCCUAGCUGGCAUUAUCAGAGGAAUCACAGGAAAUGCAGAUAUUUCUGGAGAAGUGUUGUACGCCGACUCCACCAAGCAGACCCUGGUCUUUGGCAUGGAGUCCAGGAUCCCCCAGAACAGUGAAGUCACCAUGGCUGAACUGAAGCUCUUCAAACUGCCCCCUUCCAUUAUGGGUUUACCUGACAGACGCUUGCAAAGGCCAGUGAACAAUGCAAGAGUUAGCGUCUACUUUGUGGAGAUUUUAAGCGACGGAAGCAACAGGACCUCACUUGUGGAUUCCAGGCUGGUACCCAUCAUGGAGUCUGGUUGGAGAAGUUUCGAUGUGACAAAUGCUGUACAUUAUUGGAUGAGAAGUAGUGGACAGUCAAAUAUGCACUUGGAAAUCAGAGUAGAUGGUGAGAGACAUGGCAACUUCGCUGCAGAGAUGGCAAAGUUGGUUCGAUUUACUACCCAGAAUCCCAACGACAACAUUGUGGGCAAACCUGAACUGGUUCUAUACACUCUCAACCUCGAUGACCAUGGUGCCCGUGGAGACUGUUCAGCCUCUGGAGCAAAAAAGGACAAUAUCUGCUGCAGGGAAGAAUAUUUCAUCAACUUCCGAGAGCUGACCUGGACCCAGUACUGGAUCAUAGAGCCCUCUGGGUACAAUGCUUUUCGUUGCACCGGGGCAUGUAAGCAGCCUCAUUCGCACGCCCUCAAGUAUCACUACAGAGAAAGGAUCUGUGCUGUGGUGGAGAGUUCCCCUUUACCUGUCAUGUACCUGGUCAAAAAGGGCGACUAUACCGAGAUAGAAGUAGCGGAGUUUCCCAACAUGAUCGUCGAGAGGUGUGGGUGCACCGCAGACAACAUUUCCAUCAUAUAAAGUGGGGUGGGAAGAAGGACUAUUGGGCUCUGGUGUGCUGCUUGCUCCAGCACUUGACGACGUUUGCUGCGCAGCUGCAUGCGGAACUGUUUCACGCCCGGCAAAACUUUGCUGGUAAAGAUACCCAGUGAAUGGACAGUCGUAACCUGGACCAAAUAUUUUAGAAAUGUCAGUGAUAGCCAUGUAGAAGCACUUACCUGUAUAUAUCACAUGUAUAUUUAUCUCCCUCUGGUGCCGCAGAUGGUUGUCAGAGGGAAUUUUGUAAUUUCUAUUAUAUGAUCUUUUUUUAACACAAAUCUUUGAGUUCUGGAUGAAAAAUAAAAAUAAACAACUUUAUCAAAAA